GCGGGGCGGCCCCGGCGGGACCGGGAGGGGAGCGGGGAGCGGCCCCCGGGGGUCCCCGCUGCUGUCCGAGGGUCCCCAGGGCUGCGCAGGGCUCCCCGCUGCUGUCCGGGUGUCACCGGUGCUGCUCGGGAGGUCCCCGGCAGCGAUGCCCCUGGAGCCCCUGGUCUGUGCCCGCACGGCCACGCGGGUGAGCUCGGUGCUGAACCGGGACGUGAAGCACUUCGGGAAGCAGCACCUGUUCGAUGGCAGCGAGGAGACCUGCUGGAACUCGGACCAGGGCACGUCCCAGUGGGUCACUCUGGAUUUCCCCGGCCCCGUCAGGGUCUCCCAGCUCCACAUCCAGUUCCAGGGGGGAUUUUCCAGCCGGCUCUGCACGCUGGAAGGCUGCAGAAGCGGCGAGGAGCUGGUGAAAAUAUCGGAGCUGUACCCCCAGGACAGCCAUGCCAUGCAAAUAUCCUUUCCCAGGAUGACGACUGCGCUGGAGGGGGGAAGGAAUUGGGGGAUUUUUUGGGAAUUCUGCUGCUGGGCAGAGCAGGGGGUGUGACCCCCACCUGUGCCCCCCUCUCAGGGCGGGUCCCCCAUCCCAAUCCCAGAGUUAUUCCUUCACUGGGAGCCGCAGGAAUUCCAGCUGGAGGAGACGGUGCUGGAUAAGCUGAAGAUCACCUUUGGGAGCAGCACGGAUUUCUUUGGGAGGGUGGUGGUUUAUCACCUGGGGGUGCUGGGGGAGAGGCUCUAGGGCUGUCCCCACCUUGGUGUCCCCUGGGGUGACACUGGCGAGGGACACGGGUGUGUGAUGGGACCAUUAAAAUAAAAUAAAUUAAAUUA